AUGAAUGCCACUGACCCCAGCAAUGGCAGGAACCCAGCAGCUCCUGCAGCACAUGACACCACUAUUAAUAACCAAAACACUGGAAAUGAUGGUGCUUUGGACUUCAACCAUGUUCAGUAUAGUGAAACUGAAAAGGAGACUUUGAAAACACUCUAUCGUGGCAGCUUCUUUAGUUCCAUCAGGGACAAUGUUAUUCAUCGUGUCAUCAGUAAUAUCAAUGGUGGAUCCUCGAACAUUGAGGCCAUUCCCUACAUUAUUCUUCCUGGCAAUUUUAUCUAUGCCAAAAGUAAGCCAAAAGAACCUGAUCUAAUCAAUAGGUUGCAGUAUGUUCAAGCUUUGGAUCGUCGUUCUGAACAAGAAAAGGCUUCUGGUCACCAGCUAAAUGUUAAUGUGGAGAUGUUGACCCAGAUGAUGGUGUCUCUCCGAAAACUGAUUCAAACCAUUGUAACGCCCAUGAUUGUCCAAUUCUUCAUCAAGAAAGUCAUGACUUUCUAUCCUCGUUUCAAAUAUAAUAGAUCUGAUCCUCCAAGCACUAUUGCACACAUGACUUUGUUCUUUAAAGUCGGCCCCUGGGACAAUGAAACUCGUGGCAUUGCUGACUUCUGUCUACACAAGAUUUGGCCUUCCGGUUGGGCACUUGCCAUGGAGCAACAAGUUCUGAAGAUGCUUGGAAUCAAAUAUGGGCAGAAGCUUCCAGACUAUGCAACCAAGAAUACAACCCUAACUACCAAGGAGAAGAAUCACCAAGGCAACUUCAUCAAGGAUAUUUGCGUAUCUGUGGCAGAACAAAGGACUCGCAGCAUUAGGACUACCAUUAAGUCGGAGCACAAGGAGGUGAUCUACAGAAGGUUGAAUCCUGCAAAAAUCAGUAAUAGUGUUGCAUGGAUUCGGAAGACCAACACGGAAGAGGAUGGCUAUAAUGGCCUGCUAGGUGUGUGCGAUUAUCAUCCAAGGGUGUUUCAGAAACACAAGGAUAUUGUAUGGAAAAAAGAAGGGUUUUCCUUUCAAAAUUUCACUCCAUGCAAUCCUCCCGCGACGCCUAUACAACCAGUUGAGAGGUUCUCUGAAGUGCCAAGUCCACCAAGAACUCCUGAAACUCCAAGUGCAGCUGCAAUGAUGGAACUCUUGAAUAACAUGGAUGAAGAAUCCCGUAAUGGCCUUCUCGCAAAGUUCACGACACCUCCCAAGAUCUCAGACCUGAAUGGGGAUCCCAUUGGGGAUUCAUUCAGCACUCCAGCCAAGACUCCAGCUAGGGACUCCCCUCACUUGCCAGAUUCCAGUCCUACCAAGACUCCAACUCAGGAUUCACCUCACGUAAAUGGAGAAGAUGAUCCUUUGGGCAAGAUGGCAAAUUCACUGAAGAAUCGGGGCCUGGAACCCCUAGAUGGUUCUGAUAGUUCUGAUGAGGAGCAACUAUUCAAGACUUUCCCUCCAAAACCAAAGAAGAAGAAAGGGGUGUCGAAAACCAAAACAAAGGAUAAAACCCUCCUUCCCAAGAAAGCAAAGACAAACAGGCCGAAGCAAGUUACUCCUUCUAAGAGCUCCAACCAUUCUACUGCUGGGGCAAAACUGUCCAAGAAUGACGAGCCACCACAAACACCACCACCUCCUCCCACAUUCCCUGAACCCAUUGUGUGUGAUCCUUCAUUGCAUCUUGACAUUGCAAACUUCACUAAGUUUGAAAAAUCCUAUUUCACACCAGCAAUCAGAUCCAAACAUCCAGAAUGGACUGAGAAAUGUAUUCAGUGUGAACAGAGCAUUUGGGAACAGCCAGUCAAGGAUGUUUGGAUGUGUGAGAAUACAAAGAAAGCCAAUUGUUGUUGUAAGUAUGCCUUGUGUAAACCCUGUUGGAUGCAGAGACUCAAAAAGGGAGUCAUGGGGCACCUAGCACUUGCCUCUCCCGAGAAAAGGCGGUUAAAUGCAGAGGGCAGGAUUUUGGAGGAAGAGGAUGAAUUUGCACCUCGUAAAAGUGCUAGAAAGAGGAUCAAGCUUUCAGACAAAGAGAAUAAAACCUAUCAAUUCAAUACUUGA